UAGCCGAAUCGUUUUAAAAUGAAUGAAACUAAUGAAUUUAAAAUUGUGUCUAGGAAAAAAAAGAAGUUUGGAAAACAAAACAUAGCAGAAAGGAAUCCCGAAGCACGAAAUAACAACAGCCUUUCCGAAAUUACAAAUUACAAAAAACGUAUAAAUAUUUGCAUACAGGACUUAAAUCUGUCUUUAUUCUUUAAAGCUUCAUUUGAUCUCAUUAACAAUGCUCUUUCAACCAUUAAGUCCAACCACAGACAUGAUCUUGGUAAACCGUUGGAUAAGUCUGAUCCAAAACCCAGGUUGGCACAAGAUGUUGGCACUGCACUCAAGUUUUUAUCAUUGGAAGAUGUCUCUGUAACAGAAGAAAAACAAGUGUCUACAGCAUUACAGACACCAUCUCAAGUUCAUUUACUUUGCUAUGGGCUUGGCAACUUUACAACAUGUUUGAUUGCAAGAUACCAAUUGGCCUUUUUGUUAUGUCUAAAGGAAAAACUUGGAGCAACAUGUACUAUGUGUUCAGUGUAUGAUCCAGUUUUCACAGAGGAAGAAAAAGAUAUCCUGAAGUACUACCAGUGUGAAGUUAUAAUGCACAAUGAGGAAGCCAAAAGGGAAUGUCUUGUACCAACUGUAGCUUUUUUACCCCACUGUGGAAAAGCCAUGUACAACAACCUGUUAUGGAAGAAUCUUGUAGCCAGAGAAAAUACACUCCAUAAUUUGAUAUUGAUAGGAAACAGCUUUUCACAUAUGGUUGAAAGAUCUCCCUUAAAUAAUCUCAAAGAAACUGGAAACUAUAUUUUAUUGCUUCAGCCCUACACAAGGGAGGUAAAACUUCCAGAGACAUUUCAGCAUACUGAUGUGUUCAAUGAUACAGCAAUCCACAUAUUUUCUACACCAGAAUCUUUUGGUCAAAAUGAUGUAUUUCAAGAGCCUUUCUAUCAAUCAGAUGAUGUAGAAUUGUGUAAAAUAAAGGGCAUUUAAAUAGUU